CGCCCUCCUGGUGCCCCCACAGUCCCGUCCUGCAGUGAGAGGCCGCCCCAGACGGACGCGCUGGGCCUGGGAUGGAGUCCAGGACCCCUCUGCCUGUAGCAGUGGCCUCCGGGUUGAGCCAUGGAGCCUGCAGGAUCCAGACCCCCAGCACGCCCGAGGCCGGCGUGUGCUCCCUGGCGCUGCCCUCCGACCUGCAGCUGGACCGCCGGGGCGCAGAGGGGCCCGACGCUGAGCGGCUGCGGGCGGCCCGCGUCCAGGAGCAGGUCUGCGCCCGCCUCCUGCAGCUGGGCCGGCAGGCUCGGCACAACGGGGCGGCGGAGCCCGAGGGCGCCACCGAGGUGGCCAGAGGCACAUCCCACGGUCACUACCACACCCUGCAGUCUGGCUUCAGCUCGCGCUCCCAGAGCCUCGGUGGGGACAACGUCUCUACCUUCCGGCCCGUUGCCAAGCCUGCCUACAGCCCGGCCUCCUGGUCCUCCCGCUCAGCUGUGGAUCUGAGCUCCAGUCGGAGGCUGAGCUUUGCCCACAACGGGGGCAGCGCCUUUGGGGUCGCGGGGUACGGGGGAGCCCAGCCUGCCGCACCCAUGCCUACCCGGCCCCUGUCCUUCCACGAGCGUGGUGGGGUGGGGAGCCGGGUGGACUACGACACGUUGUCCCUGCGCUCGCUGAGGCUAGGGGCCGGGGGCCUGGAUGACCGCUACAGCGUGGUAUCCGAGCAGCUGGAGCCCCCAGCUGCCUCCGCCUACAGGGCCUUUGGCUACGAGCGCCAGGCCAACUCCGGCCGGUCAGGGGGCUUGGACUGGCCGGGAGCCGCUGAGGGGCCGCCCAGCCGGACCAUCCGUGCGCCGGCCAUGCGGACCCUGCAGCGAUUCCAGAGCGGCCACCGCAGCCGUGGCGUGGCCGGGGUGGCCCCAGGGGGUGUCCUGGAGCCUGUGGCCCGAGCACCAUCCGUGCGCAGCCUCAGCCUGAGCCUGGCCGACUCCAGCCACCUGCCGGAUGUGCGUGGACUGGACAGCUACGGUGGCCACCGCACUCUGCAGAGGCUCAGCAGCGGAUUUGACGACAUCGACCUGCCCUCAGCAGUCAAGUACCUCAUGGCCUCAGACCCCAACCUGCAGGUGCUGGGAGCAGCCUACAUCCAGCACAAGUGCUAUAGCGAUGCGGCAGCCAAGAAGCAGGCCCGCAGCCUUCAGGCCGUGCCCAGGCUGGUGAAGCUCUUCAACCACGCCAACCAGGAGGUGCAACGCCACGCCACGGGCGCCAUGCGCAACCUCAUCUACGACAACGCGGACAACAAGCUGGCCCUGGUGGAGGAGAAUGGCAUCUUCGAGCUGCUGCGCACGCUGCGUGAGCAUGACGACGAGCUGCGCAAGAACGUCACAGGGAUCCUGUGGAACCUGUCCUCCAGCGACCAUCUGAAGGAUCGCCUGGCCAGGGACACACUGGAACAGCUCACAGACCUGGUGCUGAGCCCCCUCUCGGGGGCCGGAGGACCACCCCUCAUCCAGCAGAAUGCCUCUGAGGCUGAAAUCUUCUAUAAUGCCACGGGCUUCCUCAGGAACCUCAGCUCAGCUUCCCAGGCCACUCGCCAGAAGAUGCGUGAGUGCCACGGGCUGGUGGAUGCCCUGGUCACCUACAUCAACCACGCCCUGGACGUGGGCAAGUGUGAGGACAAGAGUGUGGAGAACGCCGUGUGCGUGCUGAGGAACCUGUCCUACCGCCUGUACGAUGAGAUGCCGCCCUCCGCCCUGCAGCGGCUCGAGGGCCGGGGCCGCAGGGACACGGCCGGGGCGCCACCCGGCGAGGUGGUGGGCUGCUUCACGCCUCAGAGCCGGCGGCUUCGAGAGCUGCCCCUCACGGCUGAUGCACUGACCUUCGCCGAGGUGUCUAAGGACCCCAAGGGUCUUGAGUGGCUGUGGAGCCCCCAGAUCGUGGGGCUGUACAACCGGCUGUUGCAGCGCUGUGAACUCAACCCACACACGACCGAGGCAGCCGCGGGAGCACUGCAGAACAUCACCGCGGGCGACCGCAGGUGGGCGGGCGUGCUGAGCCGCCUGGCCCUAGAGCAGGAGCGCAUCCUGAACCCGCUGCUGGACCGGGUUCGGACCGCUGACCACCACCAGCUCCGCUCGCUGACUGGCCUCAUCCGAAACCUGUCUCGGAAUGCCAGAAAUAAGGACGAGAUGUCCACCAAGGUGGUGAGUCACCUGAUCGAGAAGCUGCCGGGCAGCGUGGGCGAGAAGUGUCCCCCCGCCGACGUGCUGGUCAACAUCAUAGCCGUGCUCAACAACCUGGUGGUGGCCAGUCCCAUCGCUGCCCGAGACUUGCUCUACUUUGACGGGCUCCGAAAGCUGGUCUUCAUCAAGAAGAAGCGGGACAGCCCCGACAGUGAGAAGUCCUCCCGAGCAGCCUCCAGCCUCCUGGCCAACCUGUGGCAAUACAGCAAGCUCCACCGAGACUUCCGGGCGAAAGGCUAUCGAAAGGAGGACUUCCUGGGCCCAUAGGUGAGGCCUUCCUGGAGGAGGAUGCAACGUCGCCUGGCCUCCAAGGGAUAGGCUCAGCUCUGCGCUGCUCGCUGGCCAGCCUGGCGGAGAAGGCUGAUGGCCCGGGGCCUCUCACGGGAGCCCCGUGUGCCACUUUGCAGGGGCCCAGGCACCAGGGAGGGCAUGGGGGCGCUGUUUUAGGGAUGUGGCUUCUAUAGGGCAGGGGUAGGGCAGGGCUUGAGGCUGCUCGGUGUGUGGGGUGGUGACCGGGUCAUUGGGCGGAGGUGAUGAACUGCCAGUGCUGGGAAUAAAAAUAGCUAUGGACACAGCCCUGCAGGUUUCUUCGGCUGGCUCGACCUGGGGGUCCAAGCCAGGGACUCAGCAGCGUCCCUGAGCAUAGCCGCACCUGCCUGAUAAUACUCACCCCGAGUCACUCAGAUGCUUCUCCAGGUCAGAAUGCCCAGGACCAGGACAAGA